UCCUCCUCGUGGUCAAUUGAUCUAUUUUUCAGACCAGAUUGAACGCGUGGUGUAUUUGUGUGGGUCCCCAGUCCCCCCUGCAGCCAACUUCGCGCGCCUCUACCAGUAAAGAUCAAUUAUUUGCAGCAGUACGAGAUAUGCCCUGUUUGAGUCAACAUCAACCACCAUCAGCUGUUGUUUCACUCGUCCACACGUGAAAUGACAGUUAUUAAAAAAUACUGAAAAAUGUGGCUAAAUGUGUCACCAACAGAGCGUCACAUCUGAAACAGUGUUGUUCGAGUUGCAAAUAUUCAUGUGUUUGGUGAAGUUUUAUUGAGUUAUUUUUUUUUCAACUGAUAAAAUGAACGGAAGCCUGGGGCUGCUUCGCGGUGGUCCUGAUCAACAUCCAACGAGAUUUGCGGAUUAUUUUGUCAUCUGUGGAUUGGACAAGGACUCUGGACUCGAGCCAGACAAGUAUUUUGGAGAUUCGCUGCAAUGUACGCCCUUGGACAGGGCUUACAAGAGCAAAGUUCUUGGACACUACCCGGACAGUGUGCCCUGGAAUCCAUUCGAUGAGCAUGCAGUAUGCAUGCUCUGCCUCCCCAGCGGUUUGCGCUUUCGCACCCAAAAGCACUCAGUGGAGCCAUCAUUUCACUCCUUCGUCCUGACAAAGGAAGAUGGCAGGCGAACGUACGGUUUCAGCCUGGUCUUCUACGAGGAAUGCCGAAACCGUAAGAUCUGCGCUGCCAUGCAGACCCUCCAAGCGAUGUUCAUAACUGAGCUCAGCAGCGGUCAGAAUGGCACUCCACCCGCUCCAAGACGUGGUCAAGAAGCUCAUAACACGCGCUCACUCCCCCGUCACUUCAAACUUUCGGCUCACUCGCCAGGAGCAGCUCUCGCCUACUACGACUCAACCAAAGACAAACUUCUCGUAACAAAAUCAAUCUCCUUGAUAUGCCAGCAGCCUUACUUGAACGCAGCCAAAACCUUCCUCACGAAUCUCUACAAAUGUGUUCCACGUCAUCCAGGUCCUGGUCUUAGUCUGGAGUCGUAUGUGUACAACUUGUUGUACAAUGUACCCGUCCCACUGCCAGGCAAAUCCCUGAAGUUCUUCGUACCAAACGACGAGCCAGCGAAAUCACCCCUAGAGCUCUUUCUCCUGUACCCAAAUCUCAGCACAGAUCUCCCUCUCCUGGACUACUCCAUCAAGGACAUGUUCACGUGGCUGGGACCUGAGUGCGUUCUUCAGCUGUUCACGUGCGUCCUCCUGGAGAAUCAAGUUCUCUUGAGGAGCACAGAUUUUCACAAACUUAUGGUAGUCGCCGAAUGCAUAACAGCACUACUCUUUCCCUUCUCCUGGCAGCAUGUCUAUGUGCCAAUUCUACCAGUAAGCCUCCAUCAUUUUCUCGAUGCACCAGUACCUUUCAUAAUGGGCCUUCAUGCACAGACCGAGGGCAGUCAUCUAAAAAUAGCCAGCGAAGCGAAUCUCUGUUACGUUGAUAUCGACAAACAGACGAGUCAAUUCCCGGAGGAAUUGCCAGUUUUUCCGAGAAAGAUGCAGUUCCUCGCGGAGAUAAGGACACUAUUGAAUAAGUACAAAGUACCACACAAUGAUAAGACUGAGAGUAUGGUAAUUAAUUACUUGAGUGGUGAUAUCAUGACAAGUAGUUUGACACUUCCACCUGGCUCUGGUUUUCAUAUACCCAGAAGAAAACAUUCGCUUCAUGAUGUGCUUGACUGGGACAGGGAUGAGAUUGCACCGAAUUCUGAUGCACUACAGAGGAUUGUGGACAUUGUGAAGAGAACGGGUAUCAGUCUGGAUGAUAUUGAUUCAGUGGAGAACAUGACUAAGGAUAAGGACAAGGUGUUGAGCCCCCAGGAGGAAUACAGGGAGACAUUGAUCUUCAAUAAUGCUGUGAGGGAGAUUUUUCUGAAUCGAUUUGUUCAUCUGUUCUCGGGGUACGAUCACUUUGUCAUUCAUCCCAGUCAGGACAAGGACGAGUGGAUGAACAAUCGGGACAGUAUGCAUGUCUUUGAUAAGGCCACCUUCUUGUCUGAUCAACCUGCACAGCAUCUGCCCUUUCUGUCGAGGUUUUUAGAGACGCAGAUGUUCGCGUCACUUGUGGAUAAUAAAGUUAUGUCCUCGUGGAAUGAACUAGAUUGCAAUAUCAAAGUGUUCGAUCAGAGGAUCUCGCAGAUAAAGAAAAAAGGAGGCGAAGGAAUUCUGAGGACAACAACCUACGAAGUGACGACUACGGUAGGAGAGACUCAAAAGCUAUUGGAGCAUAAACUGAAUAACGUGGAUUUCGAAGCAACUCCUCCAACGGAGAUCGUACCUCAUCGAGCUGCAUACUUUAGGAGUUUUCCAUUGCUGGACGCAACGGCGCUCAAUAAGGAGCCGGCUCAGAGUAGAAAAGGCCAAACUCAGUGGAAAUACAAGAUGAAAUCGAUCGAGACGAAUGGCAAACCACCCACGGCCCCCCACCAGGAGACCCAAUCCCCAAGACCGCAGACGAAAUUGUCGGCAGACAUGAGUCCAGCACUGAUUGCCCAAGCAAAUUGGACAUUUGUCGAAAAAUUGCUCAAGGACUGCAAGUCAAAAACCAAGAGAAUGCUGGUGGAGAAGAUGGGGUCUGAGGCAGUGGCACUUGGUCAUGGAACUGAAUCCCUCGUAGAUGUCGAGGAGAAUACACUCGUUGCUAGUCUCUGUGAUUUACUCGAGAGGGUUUGGAGUCAUGGACUCCAGAACAAACAGGGAAAGAGUGCACUCUGGACACAUUUGUCGAUGUACCAGGAACUCGAGGAGUGUAAUGACUCGGCUAAGUCCAUUGAUCCGCACUUUUUAUCACCUGCACCGAAAACAUCUUCCAAUAAAACGCCGACUAAAGCGUACAGCUUAAGGGACCGACUGGUAUCAACGAUUAAAACGAGAAAUAUUUACGAAAUAGCUUCCUAUAUCAAGGAAAAUCUUAAUGAUCUAUCAAAUCUGGCUUUGGAGACAGACGUGUCACCCACUCGGGGAGGCAGUGACCGGCGUUCCACCGGUGAGAGAAAAUCCAUUGGCCCUGAACAUCUCCGUCCACUGCCGGACUCUCUGACCUUCGACAUUCGAAAUAUCCAAGCCAUGACUGAGAUUAAAACGCACAUUGGAUAUGCACGUGCCUGGGUUCGUCUCGCUCUUGAAAAAAAAUUGCUAUCGCGACAUCUGAAGACCCUGUUAUCGGACACAGCGCUGCUUAGAAGUCAAUACAAACGUUCUGCAUUUCUCCGCUGUGAAGAAGAGAAGGAGCAAUUUCUGUAUCAUCUCCUGACGUUGAACGCAGUCGAUUACUUCUGCUUCACAAAUAACUACCCAACGACGAAGCUCCCCUACCGAGUGGUGAUAUUUCCAAGCAGAAAGGCAAGUGCUGCGACGACAUCUGCCAACAGUUGGGUGGCGAUGUCGGGAACGCUGUGCGAGACAAACCCAGUGCCAAUUCCCAAGGGCGCCCUUGAGUUUGUUUUUCAUCAUAAGAACCUGGGGGUGCUCUCCACUCUUCGAAUAGGACACGACAACACCGGGCUAUCGCCCAAAUGGAUGGUGGAGCAUGUGGUGGUGAGGAACGAGGUGACAGGUCACACUUUCAAGUUCCCCUGUGGUCGUUGGUUGGGUCGAGGGAUCGACGAUGGGUCGACUGAAAGGCUUCUGGUAGGUGCACUGGUACCCAGGAGCAUAGACAGUGAUGAGCUUGUCGAGACAUGCUCAACACCUCCUAGAUGUCGAUCUCCAAGCAUUCCAAGGCGUCCAACUCUGUCACCUGAUGAGCUCCAACACAUGCUCGGCGAGGCUGUCAAUGCAAUCGUCAAGUUUCAUUACAGGAGAGACCCUCAGGACGGCUCUCUCACUGCUCUCCUGUGUGGAGAGGGUGGACUGGUGCCCUCUCUGGAGCAGACCUUUCUGUAUGGCUUCAAAAACCAGCGGAUUUUCGGAAGGAAUUUUUAUGUCUGGGAUUAUCUGCUGAGAGUUAAGGAGAACUUUGAAAUGUCUCUCCUGGAGGAAAUGGAUGAGUACUCGAAGAGAAUCAACAGGGACAGGAGGCUUCAUCAUGCUGAGAACAAUCAGAGGUUCACUAUUCUCAGGUGCUAUUGCCAUUUGAUUGAUCAGAUCAAUACGUUCAGUCAGACACUGGGGAAAGAUGGAAAGUUUCAACUGUUUAUUUGUCUGUCUGCUAGGGAACAACUGCUCCAUCCAAUGCUUCGCCCAAUGAGUGAAGCUCGUUCAACAGCCGAAAUGUAUGAGGAAACGUCGUUCCUGAGGAACCCAAGUCUCUUGCACUUCGUCAUUCACAUUUUGGAGCCUCUAAGUGAAUUUCACAUUGUUCUUGAAAAGAGUCUGACUCAUGGAAUCUCGAGUAUAUGUUAAAGUUUGUACAAUAAUCAUCUCACCUAGUUUAACGUGAUUUUUAACGAGUUACCUGAUGAAAUAACUCGGGUUAACGAGAUUAACUCGAGUCAUGAGAUUCUUGCCGCAUUUUUCGAUGAGUUGGAGCGAAAAUGUUGUCUUAGAGAAAUGAGAAAUUAAAUGUUUGUAGAUGAGGUUGAAAUUGUAGUUUCUUAUAAAUUGUAUGAGAGUUGUGGUGAAAGAUUUCGUGAAUUUUUUAAAUUCAUUAUUUAACUGUUGAGUCUCAAGAGCAGAAAUGGUAGAGAUUGUUCGAGCUAUUCCAUUAACAAUUCUCCACCACAACCCUCGCAAAUAUACAAAGACGUAUAAAUUCUACCAAAGAUAUUUAUAAUGCUAUUAUUCCAUUAAUUGUUAGAACUUGUUUCAAUCGUUUCUAUUUAGUUUUUUCAUUGUCAAAAAUCUCAUUUGUGAUUUAUCAUGGUUCGUAUGACAUUACAUGAUAUUUUUUGUGCUUCUAUGUUAAUGUACAUAUGUACGUUAUGUGAAAUUUAAGCAAUCACUUGAUUUUUAAUUUUUCAUUGCCUCAAAAAAUUGGUAAUGUUACUUUUCAGUCGUUUUAAAAUCAAUUUAUUCUGUGAUGUACCAUCCUCGAGAAUUUCAUUCAUCAUAAUGUCUAAUACCUUUAAUUUCUCUCUCGUAAUUGAAGUGUUCAAUCGACAAAUACUAAAUACCUCUCGAAUAUUUAUUAUCGAUAAAGACAAAAACGAUGAAAUAAUGAAAUUUUUAUCUGCCAUACUACGUGACUUUUUUUUCUUUUUAAAUGUACUAGUGAGAGUUAGAUUGUAAUGCAAUUACUGAGUUGCGUGUCGUAGGUUUAUAACAGAGAAAUUAUUUCACUAGGGUGGAAUAGUAGAAUUGGAGAAGUCAGUUGAGCAAGUUAUUGAUGAAUAUCUUCAAAUCCAGAAGAGAUUGAACAAGUUUUUGGAAAAUGAGUUGUAAAUAAAAAAGAAGACGUGAAACCCUCGAUAUCUCUUCUACUCAACAAUUUUACUCGCUAGUUUUUAGUUCAAUCGGUAAUUCCGAUUUUAAUUGACUUCUCGACGAACAGAUGAAUUCACUCAGCAACCCAAAGAAAUACGAUUACUCAAAGAGAUGAAGACCCUCCAAGUCAUCAAAACAAUAAUUAGACCAAAGUAAAGCUAUUGUUUAGAUCUCCAGCGAAACCAUGUCACUAGUUGCUUCAAAUGUAUAUAAAUACUGCAGACAGAUUACUAGAAUAAGCGGUGCGCACACCCUCCAAAGCUGAAUGUUCCAGAAGUAUGGAAUGCCAAAUAAUAAUGAAGAAAUUAUAUAUGCCCUAUCUGAAUAAAUCCUCGUCCAUUCGAUAAAUCAUUCAGGACCAAACAAGAAAAUUUUCAAUCACCCAAAUUGACUCGCCGUUCCACUAUCAUUAUAGAAUGUACAUAAAUAAAAUCUCAGAUAUUUGAAGUUGAUGUAACCAUUUCGGAGGAUAAAGACGUAUUGUGUUAUGUAUAUAUAAGAAUUUAAUAUGUAAGUACCUAUUGUACAGUCAAAAUAUACCAGAAAUAAAUGAUGAAUUGAAAACGGGUA